CAUCGCCGCCUACGUUGAGGUUUUUCAGUAUCAGUACGCCUGCAUUGCAGGUAUCACGUCGACUGUUCUUGUCGAACGUACGCACACAGAUACAGGCAGCGAUAACACUUAAUCUCUCCCUGUAGACUUCUGCUGGCAUAGUAUGACAGUCAUGCGUAUGCGAGCAGGCAAGUGUCCUACCGACGAGCUUAGUCUCACCAACUGUGCCAUUGUCAACAGGGCUGACUUUGGCGAUGAUGUCAAACAUAUUGAAGUAUCAACUGGACCCAACCAGCACUUUAUUUUCUCUGUCAAAUGUUGUCCUCAAGUCGACAGGGGUACGGUGGGCUUCAGCUUGCCACAGAGAAAAUGGGCAACCUUAUCCCUCAAUCAGGAGAUCGAGGUCAAACCCUACUAUUUCGAUCCCUCAUCUACUUCAGAAUUCUUGAGCGGCAUCACAUUGGAAGCAGAUUUUCUGCAAAAGAAAACCACAACUUUGGAACCGUAUGACACAGAACUUAUGGCAAAAGACUUCCUCAUGCAGUUUGCAGGACAAGCAUUUACAGUAGGACAACAGUUAGCAUUCCAAUUUCAAGAGAAAAAGAUGUUAGGUUUAGUUGUAAAGAGCCUAGAAGCAGCAGAUCUUCAAGCAAUCAAAGCUGGCCAAGAAGCCAAACCCAAAAAAACCAGAAUGGGUCGACUUCUAGGCGAUACUGUGGUGACAUUUGAAAAGGCACCCAACUCCAGUUUGAACCUUACCGGUACGAAGCAAGGAAAAAUCACGCGUCAGUCGAUCAUUAAUCCCGACUGGGACUUUAACAAGAUGGGUAUUGGUGGUUUGGAUAAAGAGUUCAGUGCAAUCUUUAGAAGAGCUUUCGCAUCCCGCGUAUUCCCUCCAGAAGUAGUCAUACAGCUUGGGUGCAAGCAUGUCAAAGGUAUUUUGUUGUAUGGUCCACCUGGUACUGGUAAGACCCUCAUGGCAAGGCAAAUUGGACAGAUGUUGAACGCGAGGGAACCUAAAAUUGUCAAUGGACCUCAGAUUUUAGACAAAUAUGUUGGUGAAAGCGAGGCCAAUAUUAGGAGGCUGUUUGCUGAUGCCGAAGAGGAAGAAAAACGACUUGGACCAAAUAGUGGACUUCACAUAAUAAUAUUCGACGAGAUUGAUGCAAUUUGCAAAGCUAGAGGUAGCGUUGCCGGUGCCACCGGUGUACACGAUACCGUGGUCAAUCAGCUGCUCGCCAAAAUCGAUGGUGUUGAACAGCUGAAUAAUAUCCUUGUUAUUGGCAUGACUAAUAGACGCGACAUGAUUGACGAGGCUUUGAUGCGACCGGGUAGAUUAGAAGUGCAAAUGGAAAUCAGUUUGCCAGACGAGCAUGGAAGAUUUCAAAUUCUUGGUAUUCACACGUCGAGAAUGCGGGACUACAAGAAAAUCGCACCCGACGUCGAUCUGAAAGAACUCGCGCUGCUUACAAAGAACUUCAGUGGUGCUGAGCUGGAAGGUCUUGUUCGUGCUGCGCAAAGUACGGCCAUGAAUAGGCUAAUUAAGGCAUCGAGCAAAGUUGAAGUGGAUCCUUCUGCUAUGGAAAAGCUCAUGGUGUCGAGGACGGAUUUCCUUCAUGCACUAGAGAAUGACAUCAAGCCUGCUUUCGGAACGAGUGCUGAAAUGUUAGAGCAACUACUUACUCGAGGUAUCAUCAAUUGGGGCAGACCAGUGGCCGACAUUCUUGCCGAUGGCAAUUUAUAUAUCCAGGAAGCUCGUUCAGCUGAAGGUUCAGGUCUCGUCUCGAUUUUACUCGAGGGACCACCUAAUGCUGGUAAAACUGCACUCGCCGCUCAAAUUGCCAAGAACUCAGACUUUCCAUUCGUCAAGAUUUGCACACCGGAAGACAUGGUCGGUUACACAGAAUCCGCGAAAUGCUUAUCAAUCAGGAAGAUCUUUGACGAUGCGUAUCGAUCUCAACUCAGCUGUAUCGUUGUGGACAAUAUCGAGCGCCUACUCGAUUAUGGUCCUAUUGGUCCACGAUAUUCCAAUUUGACACUGCAAGCUCUACUAGUUUUACUGAAAAAGUUACCUCCACGUGGCCGCAAACUUUUAAUCCUAUGUACUACAAGUCGCCGGCAAGUUUUGGAAGAUAUGGAACUUCUUACCGCAUUCAGCACCAUCCUUCAUGUCCCCAAUUUGUCGACACCUGACCACUUGUUGUCAGUAUUGGAGGAAGUUGAGCUUUUCUCAAAAGAGGAAUUGUCGUCACUUCAUGCAAAACUUCAAGGAAAAAGAGUUUUCAUCGGAAUCAAGAAACUACUAGGUCUGAUCGACAUGGCAAGACAGGUGGAACCGAAUUAUCGUGUGAUCAAGUUCCUUACCAAAUUGGAAGAGGAAGGCGGCCUCGAAUAAAACUGUACCUUAACAUGACUAAAGUUUCAUUUAUCUAUUCGUUUAGCAAGGACUAUAAGUCUAUCUAUAGUGAAACAACAUUGUUUAGCGUAAUUAGACGAUACCUUGGCUUUAAAUGAAAAAAGAAAAGAAAAAAAGAAUAAAUUAAUUGGCACUGCAAUUUUAUUCCGAAUAGGCCAAUAGAUUUAAAUAAUUAGAUACUAAUAGUUUAAUUAUUAUUGUAUUUAAAAUUAAGUCUGACUUGGGCUUAUGACCAAGAAUCAUUAACUUCAGUUUGUUCUAAUUGACAAAGGAUGCCGUAUCAGAUGUGCAUUCCUUGGUUUUAUCUGUUCGUAUGUUGACAUUACAAUGUUAUUUAAUAAUACAAAAGCUACUUGUUGAUCAAGUCCCGAAACAUUAUAGAAUUCCUGUAUAAAUAAUAAACGUACAUGUACAGCGUUGAUUAUUGUAAGCACGAUUGAAUAUUAACAUACUCAUAAGCCAAUAGAGAAAAAAAUAGUAGUGAGGCACUUGUUUUUUUCAUUAAACUACAAUGUGGUAACGUGUUUUAAUUUUUCUUGAUUUUGUGUGUGAACGGCGUACUUCAUUUCACUAAUUUCUUCGGCUCAGUUCUUGGGAAAAGACAAACUGUAAGCUGUAACAAAAAGAGAAAAAUGAGAAUACGAAAGAAGAUGAAUAUAUUUUAAAAGUCAAUUGUAUAACAAAUAGCUUCCAUAGACUUUUUGGUAAUGUAAAAGUCAUGUGCUAGUUUGUCUAUUUAUUUUUAUUUUGUGAUCUUUAGAAAAUCAGGAAUAAUGAAAUCAUGGAGUUGUUGUCUACAUUAAAUCAGAUUUAAGCAUUUUUGCCACCCAAAGAAUUAUUUUUUUAAGCAUAAUAUACCGUGUCAAUUGUUGAAUGGAACGACUAGAAAAAAAAUGUUGUAGAUUAUCUCUCUUAGCUGGAAAUGUAAAUGAUAUUUGAUAUUAGCCACUAUUUAUUGAGAUCGAGCUACGAAGUCAUUCCAUUAGUUAAUUGUACAAAGAUAUUUUUUUAUUUAUUGUUUUAUACAUAUUUAUAAUUUGCAUAUUUUCCAAACACUAAAAGUGGCUUUAAAUUAUUCUACCUUAUCAUCUUGGUUGAAGUCAGCCGUCAUAAAAUAUACUUCAACUGUUUCUUUUGAAAAAAACAAUGUGAACAUAAAUUUAUGUAUACUCUGAAUUAAAUUAAAUUAAAAAAUCAUUGUUUAAAAUUAUUGUUCGAAGAUUGAAAUAUAUGUAUUAUGUACAUUUUUUCAAUUGUAUCUAUCGCUGCUAGAUUAUAUCAAUAAAUGUCAAUAUA